AUGGCGCUCCAUGACUCCCAAAGCAUAACGCUACUUCAACAAUGGGCCGCCAAUGCUUCCGAGUCUCAGUUCAAUGCGCUGUCGGGCGCCGUAGGAGGGUUCACUUCGGGGGUUGUCACAUGUCCACUUGAUGUUAUAAAGACCAAGCUUCAAGCACAAGGUGGUUUCUUAACCGUGGCCAAAGGACGGCAUGUGGGCCACCACAAGGUCUAUGAAGGCUUAUUAGGAACCGGCAGAGUGAUCUGGAGGGAGGAGGGCAUACGUGGCAUGUACCGGGGUUUGGGACCAAUCGUUAUGGGCUACUUGCCGACUUGGGCAGUUUGGUUCACGGUAUACAACAAGAGCAAGGCGUGGUUGGCCGAACACAACAUGCAAAACACAUUUGUCAUCAACUUCUACUCGUCCAUCGUCGCUGGAGCCAGCAGCACGGUAGUGACAAAUCCCAUCUGGGUUAUUAAGACGCGUCUAAUGUCACAAUCAUCCAAAGGCUCUAAUGAAAAGGUAUCGCUGUUUCCGAGGUCGGGCAACACCCCAACAUCAAGGCCGCCAAUCAACUCGCCAUGGCACUAUAACUCAACUCUCGAUGCCGCCCGAAAGAUGUAUUCAUCGGAGGGGAUUAUGUCGUUCUAUUCCGGCCUCACUCCGGCACUUCUGGGUUUAACGCAUGUGGCUGUGCAAUUUCCCGCGUAUGAGUUCCUCCGAAAGAAGUUUACCGGCCAAAGCAUGGGCGAAAUGAACGAUGAUCAUGGACACUGGUUGGGCGUGCUGUCAGCUUCAAUGAUGUCGAAGAUUCUAGCCAGUUCAGCCACAUAUCCGCACGAGGUUAUCCGAACAAGAUUACAAACGCAACGAAGGCCAACACCUGGUGCUGAGUUUCUACAAGGGCUAGGUAUUUCAUCCACUGCCUCUAAUGGGAAGAGCACAGGGACUGGAAAUCAUGGCAUCCCAGAACCAAAGUACAGGGGUGUUGGGAUGACGUUCCGCACCAUUUUACGAGAAGAGGGAUGGAGGGCCUUCUACGCCGGCAUGGGUGUCAACAUGAUGCGAGCUGUACCCGCUGCCACCGUUACAAUGAUGACUUAUGAAUUUGUGAUGAAGAAAUUGCAUCACGAGAAGCUUGAGGGACAACGCAAGAUGGCCUUAGGAGCUGUUACCGCGCUUUAA